ACUAGCGCAGCGCACUUCACAACAGCCAGCUGAUGCCAACCAGCUAGCCACAGCGGUUACCGUUUUGGUUUUGUUUUCGGCGAGACACCAACCGUCACAGUACAAUAUACACCCUGCAGGAGAGCCGCACUUCAGAUUCAUUCGCACAAGGAUGGCGGUUGCACUUAAAGCCGUGACAGCUCUUCGUCUGUGUAGUUAGCUAGCUAGCUAGCUAGGUAAAGUUGAUAGCACUGGAUAGCAUCAACGCUAGCUAGCUAGGUUACAGCGGUUUCUUACAAGCUGGCAUCGAAAAAACAACAUCGUCAGCCAUGGGAAUACUGUUCACGAAGCUAUGGAGGCUUUUUAACCAUCAAGAACACAAAGUUAUUAUUGUGGGGCUGGACAAUGCUGGCAAGACCACAAUUCUUUACCAGUUUUCAAUGAAUGAAGUGGUACACACCUCACCUACGAUUGGCAGCAACGUGGAGGAGAUUGUGGUCAACAACACUCAUUUCCUGAUGUGGGACAUCGGGGGUCAGGAGUCCCUUAGGUCAUCGUGGAAUACAUACUACACAAAUACAGAGUUUGUCAUCGUGGUGGUCGACAGCACAGACAGAGAAAGGAUCUCAGUGACCAAAGAGGAACUCUACAGAAUGCUAGCACAUGAAGAUUUAAGAAAGGCAGGUUUGUUGAUCUUUGCCAACAAGCAGGAUGUGAAAGGUUGCAUGUCUGUGGCUGAGAUCUCCCAGAGCCUCCAGCUUACCUCGGUUAAAGACCACCAGUGGCACAUCCAGGCCUGCUGCGCCCUCACUGGGGAGGGGUUGUGCCAGGGUCUUGAGUGGAUGAUGUCACGGCUGCGUGUGAGAUGAUGACCUCUGACUUUGAUCAAGAGUGCGCCCUCGCUCUGUGUUUCCUCUGCCUCCAGACAUAAGCCUGAAACGAGGAUCGGGGGGUGUGAGGUCGGCUGAUGGAUUGGCCCUCUCCUGUUUUUCCUGUGAUGCUGACGCGGGCACACCGCUGCCGGGACGUUAUAUUCUUCUGUGAUAAUUUAUUUUACAAAAGAACUCAAGAACAAAAAAAAAAAAAAAUACACAACCUUUUCUGAAGGACAUUGAACAACAAAAGAGACUCAAAAUAUUUAAAUUUGUGCACGGUUUUCCUUUUCAGCAGAACGCAGAAGUCAGCAGAGCGUCUGACUUGGAACUGUACAUGGACUCAUUCUUCAGCUGUGUGUGACUCCAGCCCACGGUGGCCUUGCAGUAUUGCCAGACUGGCUGUGGCAGUUUUUAUUGCCCCUCCCCUGUGUGUACAGUCCAGUAUUCUCUUUUAACGUGGUGCCUGCAGCAGAAUGUUCAAGUGAUUAAGGUUGAUGGCGACUGAAACAUGCAGAAAGGAGGGUAAAAAUCACAAUAUGCCCUCUUCUUUUCAGUCCCUAUGAAUAAUCAGUGAAAUAAAGUGUUUUUAUCUGUUUCAGGUGAA